AUGGGCAAAACUACCCUGGUAAGGAAGAUUUAUGAAGACUCAAAAGUUAAAAGGCAUUUCCAAACCCAUGUUUGGAUCACAGUUUCUCAGACAUUUGUGGUUGAGGAGUUCCUAAAGGACAUAAUUGUGCAACUCUUCGCUGAGAUCGAGCGACCAGUCCCUCGAGGAAUUAAUAACAUGGGCAGCCAUGAUCUGAAAAUGCAAAUAAACGAAUUUUUGAGUCAAAAGAGGUAUGUAAUUGUUUUGGAUGAUAUCUGGAGGAUAGAUGCAUGUAAAGCUCUAAAAUAUGCAUUACCUAACUGUCAUUUUGGGAGUCGGGUUAUGCUCACAACACGAAUUGCUGAUAUAGCUUCCACCACCAGCACCAUAUUCGAUGGUAGUGUCAUAUAUCCUUUAGAACCCUUGUCACAGGAAGAGUCUUGGAACCUAUUUUGCAGAAAGACAUUCAAAGCAGACACUUGUCCUCCACAUUUGAAGGAAAUUGCUGUAUGUAUCUUAAGAAGAUGCGAAGGAUUGCCACUUGCAAUUGCGGCAAUCAGUGGUCUUCUGGCUACAAAAGACAAAGGUAAGAUUGAUCAAUGGGAGAUAGUUCAGCGCAGCCUUGGUGAUCAUAUAGAAGGUGAUGACAAACUUGAUAGUAUGAAGCGAAUACUGUCACUCAGUUAUGAUGAAUUGCCGGGCUAUUUGAAAGCUUGUUUCCUGUACUUCAGCAUUUUCCCCAACAAUUAUUUUAUUAAGCGUAUGAGACUGAUUAGAUUGUGGGUGGCAGAAGGAUUUGUACAAGUAAGAGAAGGGCAGAUGCCAGAAGAAAUUGCUGAGAGCUACCUCAAUGAGCUUGUCAAUAGAAGCUUAGUCCAAAUAGCAACAACAACUAGAAAUGGAAGGGUUAGCACAUGCCGCAUCCACGACCUUUUGCGUGAAAUUUCUCUUUCCAAGUCAAGAAAACUAAACUUUGUAGCAAUUGCCAACAUAAACAACACGCAGUCGCUUGAAAGAAUAAGGCGCUUGUCAAUUCAUAAAACAUGUAGAAAUGUGGAAAAGAGCAAGAGGUUCACCCAUCUUCGUUCUCUGUUCACGUUUGGGGUAGCAGACAUGCCAUCUAAAUUACCCAUCUCUACAUUGCUUACUGGUGUCCCCAGGCUGCUCAAGGUAUUAGAUUUGCAAGGUGCACCUCUGGAGUCUCUUCCAAAUGAAAUCUUUGAAUUGUACCUUUUAAGGUAUUUAAGCUUGAGAGGAACAACGGUGAAAAAGAUUCCAAGCUCUAUUGGGAGGCUUGUAAACCUAGAGACACUGGAUCUCAAACAUGCCAAUGUAACUGAAUUGCCUGUUGAAAUACUAAAGCUCCAAAAACUAUGCCAUCUUUUGGUGUAUCGUUACGUGAAAAGAUCUUCACCCUUUCACUCCACCUACGGUUUCAAGCCACCAUUGGGGAUGGGCGAUUUGCAAUCCCUGCAAAAGCUCUGUUUUGUUGAAGCAAAUCAAAGUAGUGACUUAUUACGUGAGGUAGGAAAGCUAACCCAACUGAGGAAGUUAGGCAUUACCAAGUUGAGGAGAGAAGAUGGGGUGGCAUUGUGCUCCUCCAAUGAAAACCUUCGCAACCUUCGCUCAUUAGAUGUAAAUUCAGUAGAGGAGGAUGAGGUCAUUGAUGUCCAACACAUGUCUUCUCCUCCUCCCUAUCUACAACGGCUAUGGUUGCAAGGACGUUUGGAGACUCUACCACCUUGGAUAACUUCAAUGCAUAGCCUAGUCAAACUACGCUUAAGGUGGAGUCGGCUAAGGGUUGAUCCACUGGAGUCUCUUCAGGCUUUGCCAAAUCUAGUGGAACUUCAACUUCGCCAGGCGUAUGAUGGUGAUGUAUUACAAUUUAAGGCUGGAGGGUUCCAAGGCCUAAAGAUAUUGCAUCUUCAUGACUUGAAAGCGCUGAGAAGGGUCUCGGUGGAAGAUGGGGCAAUGCCUCAUCUGGAAGAUCUCAAGAUUAUCUGCUGCGAAUCACUAGAAAACGUUCCGGCAGGUAUUGAAUUCCUCACCAAUCUGAAGUCACUUGCUUUUUCUGACAUGAAAAAUGAAUUGAUUAUGAGACUUGAGGGCAAACAAGGUAAUGACUAUUUGAAAAUCAUGAACAUCCCAGAAGCUUAUUAUUAUGCCUUCCGGGAUUGCAAUCGGUGGAAUAAAACUUCUCUGUUAAAAUAG